AUCUCUUGUAGCACGGGCAAAGUAGUGCAAAAGUUGUUACAAUUGGUACUACAAUUUAUUAUAUCGUGACUUUUAAGAUAUUUUAUGUUCCUUAUUUAUUAUUAAACUCAUUAUCUAAUUACUUAUCAAGUAGAUAGAACACAGGUUAAUAAGAUACGAAAUAGACACAAUGGAAAGUGUAUUAAAGGAAUUGGCUGUGAUGCUUUUUGAUAUUCAGGCUGUGAAAUUUGGAGAAUUUAAAACAAAAACCGGUUUGAAAACACCAGUAUAUUUUGAUAUUCGAGUUAUAAUAGCCUACCCAAAUAUUAUGUCUAGAUUAGCAAAACUUCUAUGGGAACUUAGAAAAGAUUCUACAAAAAUAUUUCAAGUUUGUGGAGUACCAUAUACAGCAUUGCCAUUAGCCACAUUGAUAUCUAUAGAAAAUAACAUUCCAAUGUUGAUAAAGAGGAAAGAGAUGAAAUCUUAUGGCACAAUGAAGAUGCUAGAAGGUGUUUAUUUACCUGGUGAUAAUUGUAUAAUCAUCGAGGAUGUUAUCACAAGCGGUAGCAGCAUUUUAGAGACUGUGGAUAUCUUGAGGAAAGAACAAUUGAAUGUGACACAGGCGCUUGUGAUAAUAGACAGGGAACAAGGUGCCAGAAAGAAUCUGGAGCGUCAUAAAAUUCAAGUCAAGAGCCUUUAUACAGUUACAGUAUUGAUGAAAUAUCUGUUUGAGGCUGGCAAGGUCACACAAAAAGUCGUGGACGAUGUGAGCAAUUAUCUGCAGGCUAAUCAAAUACAAAAUAUUUCAGUUGAAGGUAUGCUAAACGAUAGAAUGAAGCUUCCAUAUUGCAAGCGUGUCAAACUAACGAAAAAUUCAUUGACCUCGACGUUGCUAGAACUGAUGGACCGGAAGUUAACCAAUCUCUGCCUAGCAGUGGACCUCACAAGAACAGAAAAGAUUCUGGAAUUAGCGAAUCUGGCGGGACCUCAUAUCGCCGUGCUGAAGACUCACAUUGAUAUUGUAGAGGAUUUCAAUGAGAACUUCGUACGACAACUGAAGGAGCUGGCGAAACGGCACGAAUUCCUAUUGAUGGAGGACCGCAAGUUUGGUGAUAUCGGCAACACGGUCACGCUCCAAUAUAACAGUGGCAUUUACAAGAUUGCUGAAUGGGCGGAUCUGAUCACGGUUCAUCCUGUGUCUGGCAGAGCCGUCCUUGAUGCACUAAAGAACGGUCUGCCAAAAAAUAUAAAAGAAUCACGUGGCGUCUUUUUGGUCGCCGAGAUGUCAUGCGAAGGCGCGUUGACCAAAGGCGACUACUUGAAGAGUGCCAUGUCGAUGGCAGAGGAGGCCGAUGACCUGGUAGUCGGUCUUGUAUGUCAAUCGAAUCUUUUUUCGCAGCCUGGUCUAUUGCAGUUAACACCCGGAGUCAAAUUGUCCAAAGGUAGCGACAAACUCGGUCAGCGGUAUAACGAUCCGCAAUCCGUCAUCAAUGCCGGCGCUGACCUCAUUGUCGUCGGCAGAGGCAUUACUGAAGCAGACGAUAAGUUGGCAGCCGUUUUGGAAUACAAGAAUCAGCUCUGGACGGCAUAUAAGCAAAGAACGCAGAGUUGUGACAAUGCAGAAGUGCGUGAUCCAAUCUAACUGAUAUAUAAAUUCAGUGUUAAAUUUUUUAGUUAUAAUUUUAGC